ACGCCAUCAUCUCCUCCACCGCCACCCUCCUCGCCCCCGGCUUCCCCGGCCGCCGCGGCGGUCCUUUCUCCCGCUCCUCGUCAUCCGAUCGGGUUGAGAAUCGCCGGCAGCUGUUCCACACCGCGGUGACCGCGUCCGACUCUGCCUACAAUGCCUGGCAGUGCCGGGUCAUGUACUACUGGUUCAAGAAGGCCCGAGAAGCCCGACCCGACACGGAGAUGGGCGGAUUCACCAGGAUCUUGCACUCCGGCCGGGCUGAUAAUCUCGUGGACGAGAUCCCCACCUUCGUCGCAGAUCCCCUCCCUAAUGGAAUGGAUCAGGGGUAUAUCGUUCUCAAUAGGCCUUGGGCAUUUGUUCAGUGGCUUCAGAAAGCUACUAUCCAGGAAGAGUAAGAAAAACAGAAUCAGAAAGAGCUUGAUGUAUAUCUUCAUGGCAGAGCCGGACCACAUCAUUGUUAAACCCAUACCAAAUCUUGCUAAAUUUGGUUCUGCUGCCGCAUUCCCUUUCUUCUACAUUGAACCCAAAAAGUAUGAACCUGUUCUGCGUAAUUUCUACCCAGAGGAUAAGGGUCCAAUCACAAAUAUUGAUCCUAUAGGAAAUUCUCCUGUCAUAGUUGACAAGGCAUCUCUCAGGAAGAUUGCUCCAACAUGGAUGAACAUCUCUUUGGAGAUGAAGAAAAAUCCUGAGGCAGAUAAAGCAUUUGGUUGGGUGCUUGAAAUGUAUGCCUAUGCUGUGGCAUCUGCUCUUCAUGGAGUUGGAAACAGCUUACAUAAGGAUCUCAUGAUUCAGCCUCCUUGGGACUUAGAAGUUGGUGAUAAAUACAUUAUCCAUUAUACGUAUGGAUGUGACUAUAAUAUGAAGGGAGAAUUAACUUAUGGAAAAAUUGGAGAAUGGAGAUUUGAUAAAAGAUUAUACACCAAUAAGUCUCCACCCAAGAACCUUCCUUUACCACCUGCUGGAGUUGCACGGAGUGUGAAAUAUCUUGAUUUAUUUCAAAUGGCUGAAAAUCCAGAUCAAUUUAUACUCCGUGAAUUUUUGAGAAAUGAAUUGAUGGAAGAUGCAGAAGAUAUAGAUGAGCAAAGAAUACUUCGGCUAUAUGAGCAGCAACAAAUGGUAUGUCAAAGAGCUCAGUUCUAGUAGAACACAGAGGAGAAUGUAUUUGAAUCGGAAUUGUGAAGUCGGGCAUGCUCGUCUUUUCAAUGAUUACUUCUCUUAUGAGCCCAUAUAUCCUGAUGAUAUAUUCUAAUGUCGAAUGCAAAGAGGGUUAUACCUUCAUAUAGUCAAUGCCUUAAAAAAUCAUUCAGAAUAUUUUCAAUGGAAGGUCAAUGCUAAGGGAAAAAAAGGUUUAUCGUCACUUCAGAAAUGCAUGGUGGCUAUUCGUCAAUUGACGUAUGGAGUCUGCUGAUCAUUAUGAUGAGUAUCUAUGAAUUGCUGAAACAACUAUCAUCUAAUACUUAUUUGACUUCUGUCGAUAUGUAAUUGAAGUGCUCGAGGCUCAAUAUUUGAGAAGACCUAAUGCUUCUGAUAUCCAACACUUGCUUGAAAUGCAUGAGCAAAGACACGGCUUCCCUGACAUGUUGAGUAGUCUUGAUUGUAUGCAUUGACGAUAGAAAAAUUGCCCAUUCGUUUGGAAAGGCAAGUUUCCUAAGGGAGAUUAUGGCGUCCCAACAAUUGUACUUGAAGCAGUCGCAUCUACUCAUGGAUAUGGCACGUCGUUUUUUGGGAUUGCAAGGUCACUUAAUGAUAUCAACGUACUUAAUGAUUCACCUUUACUCAACAACGUCUUACAAGGAAAUACAUCCAAGGUUAAUUUUACGGUUAACAAUACCCAAUAUAUAAAAGAAUACUAUCUAACUAAUGAGAUCUAUCCAGAAUGGACUACUUUCGUCAAGAGCUUUCCAUGCCCCCAAGAUCCCAAGAGAAAAAUGUUUAAGAACCGACAAGAGACCACGAAAAAGGAUGUCGACUGGACAUUUAGGGUGCUCCAUCGAUGAGCAAUAUAUAUAAUGAAAAUUGUGGAACCCAUGAAGGAGUUGUUGAGAAGUUUUUUGAUAGUGGAGAGAUGUGUGAGGUUUUUUACUUUUGACGUGACGUGGAUGUGGCAAUGAAGGAGCUCAUGGAGAGGUUCUAUGAGUGUGGAUGCCUAAUGGAACAAUUUCAUUGAAUCAUUAGUGGUUAACUAACAUGUUGUAUGGUACUCGACUGGACUGUUGGAUGUGCAUUUACUUCCAGGGCCUAUAAAGGGGAGAGACUCCAAUUAUUUGGCCUUAUCUUUGACUGCAUUAGGCAACAAAUAUUUGUCUAGCUCGAACACUCUUUGAUAUCACUUUGGGCUAUAAAGGACCUGAGCAUGCAAUCUUGAACUCGUCUUGCAUGGAUUUACCAUUUCACCCAAACUCAUUCCGUAUAUGUACAUGUCCAUGCCACAUCAUCAGCCCAUGGCGCCACGUAGAAAGAACAUCAUUUAUACAUAUUCUUGAAGAACCAAGAGAACAUAACGCUUAUAUUGCAAUGCAUAAAAUAAGGAAGUUGGUUGUAACUUCCAUUGAUAACUACCACCUAUUUAUAUCUAUAUAUAAUACUUAGGACUAAUAAGGAGUAUCUUUAAGAAAUUGCUAUUUGUUUCCGUAUUAGGAGGAUUGCCCACUUCAUUAGGACAAAUGUAUUGUAAGAAUUCUAUAUGAGUGAGAUAGAUAUUUAUUUUCCUUAAGAUAAAUUGUAUCUAACAGGAUCCAAACUGAUUAAAUAGGUUAGGUAAUCUUAGUUACCUGAAAAAACCACCCGAUUGCAACUUCUAAUUAUAGACAUGGAUUCUGUCUCAAGUGUAGCAAGACGAGGUCUUGAGGAUAAGUUGGUUUGAUUAAGUUGUGGGUUACUUAAGUUGAUUUCACUUUCUGAGCCGCAGACAAAUAGAAAUAGAGGUUUUUUUUCUUCUUUUAUACGCUUUCAAUACUUUCAUAGGAUUCUUGAAAUGCUGGUGGCACUUCAUUUUUGCCUGUUAGUGCGACAACCACUUGCAGUCAUGCUAAAUGCCAAAGCUUUUUAGGGAAUCUCUUGGUGUUUUGGAUUAUGAAUUUAUGAUAAACAAAUUUAUAAUUAGUUCCUGAGUUGUGACAUACAUAGGUCGGUUCUCCUAGUUUUGCUUAGGUGACUCUUGUCAAGAUGCUAAAUGAGGCAACCGCAAACAUUCCGAAUUGGGAUACCUUGUGAAAUGUUAA